UCGUUUGCGUAGCGAAGCCUAAACCACGGGCCGGAUCGAUCCAUGGAACGCCGCCUGCGACAGCGAGAUUCCAGUGACCUGGACCUACCCGACGAUGUGCUCGCCGACGUGCUCCGCCAUCUCCCGCCGCGCUGCCUCGCCGUGUCGCGCUGCGUCAGCAAGGCCUGGCGCCGCGCCAUCGACCAGCGCCGCCUCCUGCGCCCGGACCUGCUCCCGCUCUCGCUCGCCGGCAUCUUCAUGAACUUCGGCUGCCACACAUUCUCAGAGUUCUUCUCCCGUCCCUCCUCCUCUUGCAAGAAGAUCAACGCCAAGCUUGACUUCUUGCCUCCCAUCGAGCACGAUCCCUAUGAGGAGGAGGACUAUACCGUCUUCGAGCACUGUAACGGUCUCCUCUUGACCAGCGAGUGCGUGGUCAACCCUGCUACGCGACGCUGGGAUCCUUUGCCUCCGCUCAUGCCCUUCACCGACCCCAUGGGGAUGAGCCGUGUUUUCGGUCGGUAUCUAGCUUUCGAUCCCACCUUGUCGCCUCACUACCAGGUGUUCAGGGUCCCUUAUCUGCCCCCGAGGCCUUGUCAGCCCGGAGACCGAGGCUACCGAGGUCCUGAGGAUUAUGUAGACCCUCUGGUCGACAAAUCUGAAUGGCCGCCGUCUACAUUCAUCUUGAAUGUCUUCUCGUCAAAGUCGUGUCGUUGGGAGGAGAGGUCUUUUGCUAGACAAGGUAAUGCUGCAGGGAUUGUUGCUGAGCUGCGACUGCGACUGCAACAUGGGUGGCACUAUGGUGCCGUCUAUUGGCGACGAGCACUUUACGUGCACAGUCAAAAUAAUUUUUUCUUGAGGAUAUCCUUGACAGACGAUACGUACCGUGUGAUCAAACCACCGACGGCUAUGGAUAUCAGGGUGCACUCUUGUCUAGGAAAAUCCAAAAAAGGGGUGUACAUUGCAUCAUUCAUUAAGGAUGUCUUUCGAGUUUGGGUCCUAAAUGAAUCGUAUGGUCAGACGAAGUGGGUGUUGAAGGGCGAAUAUGAUCUUAAGCGUGUGCAAGCGUUUGAUAAUGAUGUCCAUGGUCCCUGGGUCUUAGAAGACAUCAACUAUGAUUCAUUUCGUUCUCAGCUUCCAAAAGCCAACAAGAAAGCAAGAGUUGAAGAGUUUGAGUGGAGCUCAGAGAAUGAUGAUGAUGAUGACGAUGAUGCUGAUGACAAGAGUGAGAUUAUCGGAGAAAACAACUAUGAAACAUUUCGUUCACAACUUCCGGAAGUCAACAAGAAAGCAAUGGUUCAAGGGAGACUUGAGCGGAUGCGCGAUAACGAGGCUGUUGACGGCAACGAAGAGGAGCGCCACCGUGCAUGUGACGUGCUCGGAUUUCACCCCUACAAAGAGAUUCUCUUCUUGAGCUCCUUCAAGGAAAGAGAAUGGAAGGCUACAGUGCAUGCAUAUCAUUUAAAUAGCUCAAGGGUCGAAUGCUUAGGGAACAUGUGCCCAACACAAUACCAGCAAAUCGAAGAGCAAGAACAGCAGGAACUGGGAGUACGUGAAUUUUUUCCAUACACGCCAUGUUGGACCGGUGACUAUCCUAGAAACAAAUAA